AUGGAUAUCGAUGACAUCCUUCGUGAGGUCGACCCCAGCUUCGACACGGUACCCCACGAGAUCCGCGACUUGCAGGCCCUCACGCGUGCUUGGGUUGCUGAGCGAUGCGCUCCGGAGCUUCUAGAGUGGCCAGCAGAUGGACUAUUCGAGCGUAUCAACCAGCGCAUUAAGGCCCAGAUCGAGAAGGUGGAGGACAUGACCGGCGACAUGGACCCAAAGACCAACUUUGCCUUGAUCGUGAUCCAGACCGAACUGGAGCGAUACAAAUACAUUGUGCGCAGCUAUGUGCGCGCGAGGAUAGCAAAGAUUGACAAGCAUACACUGCACUACCUCUCCACGCCCACAUUGCGCGCGCGCCUCUCCGAGACGGAGCUUGCCUACGCGACCCGCCACCAGGCUAUGCUCCAUAACCACUAUCUCUCCUCGUUCUUAUCCUCGUUCCCACCGAACCUGCAGAACCUCAAUGACACCGCCGGCAAUAUUAGCAUGAUCGAUGCGCCAGAUCUCGAUACGGCGGUGUUCAUCCGCCUACUGAGGGACUGUCUGGUCGUGGGGAAAGGCACAGACGAGGACGGCAGCUUAAAUGGAAAGAAUGGAGACAUCCUCAUCUUGAGAUGGUCCGACGCGAAAGCUCUGGUCGACGCUGGUAACGCCGAGUUGGUGUGA